GCAAGUGUCCUCCCAGUGUCAAGCGAGACUGUCUUCACCUCCCAGUUUUUCACAGGAAUGCGUUAUUGCCGUCAUUUGUAGAAGUCUAUAUUGACAACGGUGCUACGGGUGUGCAUUACCGUGGCGGCAUAAGGUGUGUCCCGACACAUGCACGAUUAGUCUGUGUGACGACAGUGCUAGUGAUAUACUGCCUAUUCAAAAUCAUUUCCCUGAUGUUAUCAUUAACUCGAGUCCGCGGGGCGCAAUAAGAACAUCACCAUUUCACGAGCAUGUGUACCCACCUUAUCAUGGACCGAGCGGUAUGCCCUGGGAGCAGGCCACCACAAUUCUCGGUACAGGAUUUUCUGGCUUCGAGUCGGUGCCCCGUGACCCGAGCAAUGAUGCCGCCCUUCGAGUUCAUCAUCCUGUGUUGCCUCCAGGGUUGCCUCCCACCGUACAACCCUCUUUUUUUCCUUCAGUAUCCUCUGGUAGCAAUGUUGUUGUCCCUUUGAGAUACCAGCCAGAUUCGUUUGGCGCUGGUGCUACCACACCUGAAAUUCACUCCGCGGGCCGCCGAAUUUCUCAUCCUGUGGGAUACACAACUCCAUUGGCUCAAGGGAAUCAAGUGGAGCAUCCAGGUUUGUAUGGCUUCGAAUCGGCACUGGAUGACGUGAAGGACUAUGCUGUUCUUCAAGUUCAUCCUUUGUCGUCUCCAGAGCGGCCCUGGAGCAUGCAGCCCAUUUCUAUUCCUUCAAUGUCGUCCAGUACUGCUGCCACCCCUCCUUUCAGCGCCCAGCCACCUUUCCUCGGUGGCGGCGCCGCCUUACCUCAAAUCUCCUCUGCAGAUUACCAAGUCUUAGAUAAUUCGGGGUACGGAAUUCAAUCGGCCCACAGACAUCAAAUCCAGCAGCCUGAUGGCCCUCGGGCUUACAUGGUCGAUGGUCUUUUGAUUGACGAAGAAUACCUCAUGGAUGGAAACGGUGGCUACAUAAACGUCCAUGCAUGCGGUCGUGAGGGGCCUCCCUGUGGUCUCUGGGUUAAAGCGGACAAACGCUCUAUCAUGCGCCAUGGACAGCGGUGGCACGGGGACGCUCGAGGUGGCGGAGGAGAUAGGAAAACCACUUGCCCGUGGUCAGGCUGUGACAGCCAGAUGCGAGCGAAUGCCAUUCCACGGCAUAUUUUGAGCGCUCACUUUGGUGCAGUGUGGAUUUGCACGGGCACAGGAUGUUCGAAACCUUUCGCGCGUCACGAUAGCUUCAAGGCCCAUUCUCGGAAAUGUGGUAGUCUUAUAGCAAUCGUGAAGUACGACACCAGCACCCGUGUCAUCGAUACAACAAAUGUUUUGAGACAUUACGACUGAGUGAGUUAGUAUUACUCUUCCCAGCUGUUGAUUGAAUGUACUUUCGCA